UUGCUGCACGCAGUGAGAUUUGAUUUCUUUGUGUGGAGCGGAGAGCAGCUAGCAGCUAGCAGCUAAACGCCGAUCUGCUGUUUUAUUGCCGGUCUGUUAGCUUAGCAUCAGCACAACAUUUAUUCGCGGAUCGAUAUUAGAGAGUCAGACUGCCACUCACCUGUCCGCCACCGAUACAGACGCAGUGAAACACCUAAUUCAUCUUCAUGGCGCUGAGACGAGGACACAUCAGGUACCUGAAGGUGUGUGAAGUUCAGACAUCCCAGAGUGAUGUCAGAGAUGGUCAACUCGCCGCCAAAGGAUCCGUUGGAAAGGUGUGUGUGUGUCCUCAGGAGCUGUAUGACAACGGCUACAGCGAGCAGAUGAUGGAGGACGAUGACUCCAGAACCAACCUGAUCGUUAACUACCUGCCGCAGAGCAUGAGCCAGGACGAGCUGCGCAGUCUGUUCAGCAGCGUCGGCGACGUCGAGUCCGCCAAACUCAUCCGGGACAAAGUGGCAGGCCACAGUUUAGGUUACGGCUUUGUUAACUUUGUUAACCCUAGUGAUGCAGAGAGGGCUAUCAGUACCCUCAAUGGCCUGAGGCUACAGUCUAAAACUAUCAAGGUUUCCUUCGCACGGCCGAGUUCAGACAUGAUCAAAGACGCAAAUCUGUACAUAAGUGGGCUACCACGGACGCUGAGUCAGCAGGACCUGGAGGACAUGUUCACUCGCUUCGGACACAUCAUCAACUCCAGAGUGCUGGUGGACCAGGCCUCCGGUCUCUCACGGGGCGUGGCCUUCAUCCGGUUUGAUAAGAGGUCUGAGGCAGAGGACGCCGUCAAACACCUGAAUGGGCACACGCCCCCCGGCAGCUCUGAGCCAAUCACAGUCAAGUUUGCUGCCAACCCAAAUCAAGCCAGGAACUCCCAGAUGAUGUCACAGAUGUACCACGGCCAAUCACGGCGCUUUGGAGGACCUGUCCAUCACCAGGCCCAGAGGUUCAGGUUUUCUCCAAUGAGCGUGGACCACAUGGGCAGCGGGGGCGGAGUCUCCGGGAACUCGUCCAGCGGUUGGUGCAUCUUCAUCUACAACCUGGGUCAGGACGCAGACGAGGCCAUCCUGUGGCAGAUGUUCGGGCCAUUCGGCGCCGUCGUCAAUGUGAAAGUCAUCCGAGACUUCAACACCAACAAGUGCAAAGGCUUCGGCUUCGUUACCAUGACGAAUUACGAGGAGGCUGCCAUGGCGAUCCACAGCCUGAACGGGUACCGACUGGGAGACAAGGUCCUGCAGGUGUCCUUCAAGACCAGCAAGGGACACAAGUAGAGCGAGGACGAGAGUGAGAGGAGGAGGAGAAGAAUAGUGAGAGGAGAAGAGUAAGAGGAGGACGACAACAAGUCAAAAAUAUUUUCAGUUUCCAGGAAGUUGCAUUUGUGUCAGUGUUUUUUUUUUUUUUUUUUUCCCCAGCAUGCCCGGUUUCUUUCAAACUGUGUGACGUCACUUGUUGCCAUGAACGUGGAAAUUAUCAGAGAGGUUUUAACGUCUGUACCAGAAGUCAGAAUUUAAGUUCUUCACUCAGCUUUGUAUUUUUCAGUUUUCAUUAAUUAAUAUAAAUAAAAUUUGAUUAUUGGAUAAAAACAAGGUUUGUUCAUGUCAAAGAAUCUCAUCAGUGUAAGGGGAUUGAAAGCUCUCUGGCCCAAUAAACACACAGGAGGCGGGGCUUAAACCGAACAGGAAGUGAAACUGAUCUUUUUCAUUUGUAUUUUUUAUUGCAGCUUCAUUGUGAUGUUGGAUUGUUUAUUCAAUAAUAAAUCUGUUUAUGGAAAA